AUGAGAUGUUGGACAGGAAUUAGUUUUACGAUGGCUAGCAAGGAGACGACACUGGAGCUGAUCGAGGAUUACCGGAAGCUUCCGGUCCUGUGGAGCAAGAAGCAUCCGCUGUACAAACAUCGCCAGACACGGUUAAAGCAUCUAAGGGUUCUGGCCAAAAAAUACGGUGUUAAGGAACCCGUCAUGGAGAAGCGGAUUCACAACCUAAGGUCGCAAUUUACGCGCGAGCAUAAAGAGCAGUUGAAGAAAACCAAAGACCCACUUCCGAGGCGCUCCUGGUACGGAUACGAAAAGAUGCUGUUUCUGAAGGACGACUGGCAAGGUGUGGAGGGAGGAGAUGCAAAUAGCGAGGGC